AUGAGAGUUGAUCUCUCCUGCUCUUAUAAACACCCUGGAGGACUCACAGUGACUGAAUCAUUCUGGUUCAUUAAUGAGCAGCAUGUAGAUCUGCGAGAGGAUGAUCAGUAUAAGGGGAGAGUGCAGUAUUACCAGACCCCAUGUAGAAUGAGAAUCACUGGUCUGAGAGUGAGCGAUGCUCAGACAUAUAAGUUCAGAUUCAACACUGAUGAUCCUGAUGGUAAAUACUUUGGCAGCUCUGGAGUCCGUCUGUCUGUCACAGGUCUGAAGAUUGGUGUGUUGAACACAAAGGAAGGAGGAAAGCAGCUGAACUGUAGCUCCACCUGCACUCUGACUAACCCCACCUACAUCUGGUACAGGAACGAACAGCCUGUAUCUGAGCAGAACAGAGCUGUACUGUAUCUGAGGGACCGCACUGUGGAUGCAGGCAGCUACUCCUGUGCUGUGAAAGAACACGAGGAGAUCCGCUCUGCUGCUGUCUGUGAACUGGGUGAGAAGCAGUGGGGAGUGACUUACACUCCUGAUAGUGUGUGUGCUCUGGAAGGUUCAUCAGUUGAUCUCUCCUGCUCUUAUAAACACCCUGGAGGACUCACAGUGACUGAAUCAUUCUGGUUCAUUAAUGAGCAGCAUGUAGAUCUGCGAGAGGAUGAUCAGUAUAAGGGGAGAGUGCAGUUUUACCGGAACCCAUGUAGAAUGAGAAUCACUGGUCUGAGAGCGAGCGAUGCUCAGACAUAUAAGUUCAGAUUCAUCACUGAUGAUCCUGAUGGUAAAUACACUGGCAGAUCUGGAGUCAGUCUGUCUGUCACAGGUCUGAAGAUUAAAGUGCUGAACACACAGGGAGGAGGAAAGCAGCUGAUCUGUAGCUCCACCUGCGCUCUGACUAACAAUCCCACCUACACCUGGUACAGGAACGGACAGUCUGUAUCUGAGUGUAGUUCUGCCUCCUGCUCUGUAGCUGUGUUCAGAGGAGACAGCUACAGCUACAGCUGUGCUGUUAAAGGCAGUGGUCUCUGCUCUCCUCCAGUGUACUCUCCUAAAGAGACCAGAGCGGUUGUUCUUCCCUCUGGAGGGAGAAAGGAGGGAGAUUCAGUGACUCUGACCUGCAGCAGUGAUGCAGAUCCUCCUGUUCUCACCUUCAACUGGUUUAAACAAAGUGUAAAUGAAUCACUGGGAACAGGCCAGAAUUACAUCAUCACCAACAUCAGCUCCCAGCACAGCGGACUGUACUACUGCACCGCUCUCAACCAGCUCGGACAGCACAGCUCUGCACCCGCCCGUCUGGACGUGUUCUAUCCUCCCAGACCUCCAUCUCUAUCUGAGUUUAACGGGUUUAACGGCUCGAUCACGCUGGUGUGCGUCAGCGACUCCAACCCUGCCAGCUCUUACACCUGGUUCAGGAAGACAGGAAGCAGCUCUGAACCUUUUAGAAACGGCUCUAAUUUAACUUUAGCUGCUGGAACAGCUGGAGUUUUCUACUGUCUGGCAGAGAAUCGAUAUGGAUCAUCCAAUUCAUCAGAGUGGCUGUUUACAUCAGGUGUGUUACAGACUCCAAAGCCUGGAGACGACACAUACCCAGCUCUAAACCUCACCACCACCUCGUCCUCUGAGUACGACACUCUGACACAUGCUACACACUCCCCCAGUGAUACCUACUCAACCCUGAACCCUGCAACCAGGACAUCAUCUGAGUACGACACUCUGACACACGCUACACACUCUGCCAACGACACAUACUCAACUCUCAACCCUGCAACCAGGACGUCCUCUGAGUACGACACUCUGAUGGUUGUUGGUCCUCCCCCGGUGCAGAGCGGAGCUCCAGACGAGGAGAAUAACUAA